AACCGGUUUGACAAACACAUAAACAUUUAAUGACACUUUUCAGUGUACAAUGAAACAAAAAGACGCACUGCUUUUCGGCCAGCGGCAUCAAAUCAUAAAAACAUUCAGACAUGCAGACAAGCUUAUUACAUCUCUCUCUCCUCUGCUGCCAUCUCCUCCUGAAACACAGUGCACAGGUGGAAGUAAUUUGCCACUUAUCUUCCCUUGUUCUGCCCAUCGGGGAUUUCUCCGGCCUGUGACCUACUCCCCCCACAGCCAUUUCUAGGGAGCGAGCAUCGAUGGAUCACAUCGGACUCCAGAUCCGACCUGUGCAUGCCUGGGAUUGGGAACAGGGUGAAAGAGAGGUGAAAGUGAAGAAGGGGGCGGUAAUAACAAAAGGUAGAGAGAGAGGAGCUCGCCAGUCCAAGAUACGCCAUCAAGUGGUCCUUGGCCUGCUGUCCUGCUUCCGUCCACUAUGCCGGGUGAUGGCACUGGACCCUUUUGCCAUUCCUUCCGGUUGCUGGUUGACAAAGGCUCCAGUGCCACUGGAUCGAACACUCCCUUAGCGUUGUGACCCCCAGUCAGCGGCGAGGACUCCUUGGACGGCACAUCCUUCCUACUUCCUGGGUUUUGGCACCAGUGUAACAAAGGUUUGGGUUGGGCAGAUAAAGGAGGAAGCGGGAACCGGUUUCCAUAGAUCACCGCAUUGUGUAAUCAGGCCAUACAAGCCCACAGAUAAGGUUGCUGUCAUCUCUCUCUUACGCUUUGGGAUUCUUGAACAUGUCUACCCAGCCUUCUUUAAAGCUAUGAGCCACCCAGACCACAUCGGCAUAACAUUCAGCAUCUCUGUGGCAGGCUAUGUGCUCGGAGGAAGCUCAUACUUCCAGGCUUUGCUUUUCGGAGGAGCAUGGGCCAGUUUGGUUUACUAUUGUUGUCACGAAAUUUACGACGGCUACCUCAAAAGAAAGCUGGACGUGGAAAUGGCUGAUAUUCAGGCCAACUUCCUGGAUAACCCGGUGAAUAACUUCUGGGUGGCAGAGAUGGAGGUGAAUGGAAAGUCAAAGGUGGCCGGGCUCCUUGCUGUAGUUGGCGUCAAGGGCAUAGUACAGAGCGACAGAAGCGAUGGAUGGAACGCUGCCACAGAGGAUGUGGCAACUCUAGAGGAGGGUGCGGGGGAAGUGUUUCAAUUAAUUGUGUCCUUUCCCCAUCGGCGUAAAGGUCUGGGAACACAACUGGCAGAGACAGCAAUAGAGUUUUGUAAAGAGCAAGGCAUUUCCCGUAUGGUUGUAGAAACCAGCUCCCCGCAGAGCGCAGCUAACUCGCUGUUCCGCAAACUGGGCUUCACUGAGACUUCAGUCCACAGCAAGACACACUCUAAUCCUUGGAUUUCGAAACUGGCCAGGAUUGAUGUAAUACGAAUGGAAAAGCAUCUAUAAAAUAUGUCAACAGUGUUAACUUUUUAAAAAACCUUGCAACAAUAUAGAAAUAUUUAGAUGUAUAUGUCAUUGGCUUUGUUCACACUGCACACAAUUCGGAUUUGGUUUUCAAAUCCGAUCUUAUUUAAGUGAUGUCAUCGGAUCUGUUUGUUUAGACAGUACAAUUAAAGGAAUAGUACACCCAAAAAUGUCAUGUGAAAUGUUAGGCAGACUGUUAGCCUCAGUCAUCAUGCACUUUUUAUGGUAAGGUAAAAGAUGCAAUGAAAGUCAAUGGUGACUGAGACUAAUAUUCUGUUUAAGAUCUUGUUUUGUGUUCCACGGAAGAAAGAAUGUCAUAUGAGUAUGGAACAAUAUGA